AAGAAACAUGCGGGGAAGUCAAGGAGGUGUGUGUGGUGGGUGGCAGGUGACCAACAACAUUCGUCGUCAGCCGCCGUCGCCGCCGCAGACGUUGCGACAGACAGCUCGGUUUCGAGAAAACAGAUAUAUUCUGGUAAUUCCAUUGCGCACUCUUCUCCUACCUCUUGCUGCUGCUUGUUGUGACAACGAUAAAUUCUAAUUGGUUUUCUGACCCUGCCCUGCUUCUCCGUCAAGUGGGUUGAUUCCCCGUCAUCUGCAGCCAAUUGCCAGCUCCAUAUUUCCAUCGUGAAAGUCACUGGGUAUUUUGUCCAUCGAGGUUGUAUCCAAUGUCAGCGGGAAACACGGCCCUGGGUCCUGGGCCCAGGCCUGGCCCUUUAGGAGAGGUUCAUAUCCACCCGCAGUCGACGCCAGACUGGAACAACCUCAAGGUCAUCCAUCGGAACACGCUUCCGCCUCGCAGCCACUUCUUUCUGUACGAAAACGCCGAGGAUGCCCUCUCCCGCGAUGUGUCUCGGUCCAAGAGCCAGCUUCUCUCCAGCGACUGGUGGCGCUUCAGUCUUUCCAAGUCCCCCUUCGAGGGCGAUACCGACUUCUAUACCCGGUCCUUUUCCAGCCUGCUUUCCGAUCCUAGCUGGAGCAGGGCCACUGUCCCUAGCAUGUGGCAGCGCGAGGGCUUUGGGAAGGGCCCGCAGUAUACCAACAUCAACUUUCCCUUUCCCGUCGACCCGCCUCGUGUCCCCAUUGAUGACAACGAGUGCGGCCGCUAUGUGACGCGUUUUGAGCUCGGCCCCCAUGACCAGGACCACCAGCUGAGGCUGCGCUUUGAGGGCGUUGACUCGGCUUUUACCGUAUGGGUCAACGACCACCAGGUCGGCUAUUCCCAGGGAUCACGGAAUCCAAGCGAGUUUGAUAUCACCAGUUUCGUCAAUUUUGACGAGCCCAACCUGCUGUACGUCGAGGUCUACCAGCGAUGCGAUGGGAGUUAUAUAGAGGAUCAAGACCAAUGGUGGCUAAGCGGAAUCUUUCGAGACGUCUGGCUACACAAGUUCCCAAAAACUCAUUUCGAGGACGUGCACGUGCAAACCAUCUUAGACGAUGACUACAAUGACGCGAAGCUGCGCGUCGAUGUUCAACUCAGCAAUGACGCCAACGUCAAGUUACGGCUUCUGGAUUCCGGGGGCGAUGAGGUUGCCAGCGGAACCAAGUUAGGGAAGGGGACCUUGACUUUUGUACUGCCCAUAAAAAACCCUCGCAAGUGGACGGCCGAAACCCCCUAUCUCUACAAGCUGGUUCUGGAAAUUCCGGGCUGCGCGCUGGCCGAAAGGGUGGGCUUCCGCCGCACCGAGCUUAUUGACGGUGUUUUUAGCGUCAAUGGGAAACCCGUCAAACUCAGGGGCGUCAACAGACAUGAGCACCAUCCAGAUGGGGGACGGACGGUGCCAUUUGAGUUUCUCAAACAUGACCUCUUGCUCAUGAAAAAGCACAACAUCAACGCGAUCCGGACGUCUCACUACAUCAAUGACCCCCGCCUCUACGAGCUCGCCGACGAGCUGGGGCUGUGGAUCCUGGACGAGUGCGAUCUCGAGUGCCACGGCUUGUUUGUCGUGGGGGGUAAUGGUACAGGAUUUGCCUCUGACAACCCCGACUGGGAAGAGGCGUAUGUAGAUCGCGCGCGCCAGAUGGUCAUGCGCGACUUCAACCGCCCGAGCAUCAUUCUGUGGUCCCUGGGGAACGAGUCCGGCCACGGCCGCAACCACGCCGCCAUGUACAAGUUCAUCAAGAGCGUCGAUACGAGCCGUCUCAUCCACUACGAGGCCGACUGGAAUGCCGAGUCGGCAGACAUCAUCAGCAGGAUGUACUUUUCCGCCGGCGACAUGGAGGGCUUCGGAAAGGAGCGUUCCUGGGACAAGCCCGUCGUCUUGUGCGAGUACGUCCAUGCCAUGGGGAAUGGCCCCGGUGCCAUCAAGGAGUACAUCGAUAUGUUUUACAAGUAUCCUCGCCUGAUGGGAGGUUUUGUAUGGGAGUGGGCAAACCACGGACUGAGGACAAAGACUGCCGACGGUAUAGAGUACUUUGGGUACGGCGGUGAUUUUGGAGACGACCCAAACGACUACAAUUUUGUGUUGGAUGGGCUUUGCUUUUCGGACCACACACCGACACCUGGUUUGACCGAGUACAAAAAAGCCAUCGAGCCGGUCCAGACCUGCGGAGUCGAGGGCGGCGACAGGGUGCGCAUCGUUAAUAGAUACGACUUUAUCAGCCUCGAACAUCUCACUGCCAGAUGGAGCAUUGUCGCAGACGGUCUGGAGAUUCCGGGCGGUAAAGUGGAAAUUCCAAAAGAUAUUGAGCCCCACGCCGAGGCGCUGUUGACGAUCAAGGGACUUCCAAAGACUUACCCACCAGAUUCUCACCUGAAUCUAGAGUUUACCCUUGGCAAGCAGACGAACUGGGCUGAAGCUGGCCACCUCAUCGCCACCGGCCAAGUUCAGCUUUCGCCGCCGUCAAGCCUGCAAUUUCUACAUGAACUCGGCGCACCUGAGGGAAAAAGGCCAACGGCAACGCUUGUCAACCCAACUCUGUUGUCAAUAUCGGGCAGCGAAGGGUCGCGAUGGGAAUUCGACCUUGCAACAGGCUCGCUGUGCACCUGGACGCGCGCCGGCCGGGGCUCAAAGUCAAACGUCCUCACGGAGCCGCUGAGGUUCGACCUGUACCGGGCACAGACGGACAACGACCACGGCUGCGACUUUGGGCGCAACUGGGACGACCGACGGCUGCACCAGGCCAAAGACCACGUGGUGCAGGUAGCGUGGCAGCAAAAGGCCGACGACGGCGUCGUCGAGAUCACAGUGCGCAGCCGCAUCGCACCGCCCGUGCUCAACUGGUCGCUCGAGACGACGGCCGUCUACCGCUUCACGGGCGACCGCAUCGCGAUCCGCGUGCGCGGCAAGCCCACCGGCAACCUGCUCCCGCGGGCUUGGGCGCGCUUCGGCCUCGCCACGGCCCUCGCCGGCUGCGCGCGCGCGCGCUGGUUCGGCCGCGGGCCCGGCGAGAGCUACCGCGACAAGAAGCUCAGCCAGCGCGUCGGCACCUGGGACGCGCCCGCCGCCGACCUAGCUACCGACUACGAGUUCCCGCAGGACAACGGCAACCGCACCGAUGUGCGCUGGGUCGAGUUUCUCGGGGGCGCUGACGAGUCACUGCUGCUGCUGCGCGCGCGCUACGGCGACCUGGACGGCGCCAGCUUCCAGGCCCUGCCCUACACUGCGCGCGACCUCCAGGAGAGCAAGCACCCGUUCGAGCUGGCGCGGCGCGGGCGCGACGACACGGUCGUCCAUCUGGACUGGAUGCACCACGGCCUCGGGACAGGGUCGUGCGGGCCGGAGACGUUGCCGCAGUACACGCUGGAUGCGUGGCGUGAGUUUGAUGUCAGCAUCAUUUUGGAGUAGGGAGGCGUGGAAGAACAUGACGGCAGAGAGGCCAGGUAUUUUUUACGUGUCGCUUGCUUAAGAACUGAAUUCUUAUGCUAUUUUGAGGGUGUAUUUCGAAAGCAACGUAUUGUAUUUUCCUUGCAUGAAAGUACAUUGGCAUUGAGGAAUAUAUACGAUAUUCCCCAGAAAAACAGCUUGAUGGUAUAAACUCUCAUUUGAACACCCAUCCACGCCCUAAAUCCCAGCGCCCGUCAAGAGUUUACUUGAAGGAGAGAGCAUACGCUAUGAUCGUAAAUAAAAAAAAAACCGGGUAGGUAGGCAGGUAGGUAGUGAUACAGCCCCGUCUCUCGUCCUCAGUCCGUUCUGAAAAUCCAAAUGUGAUGUGAACCCCAAACACCAUUCCAAACCAAAGAUGCAACACCGCCAGUGUAUGAUAGGUAUAUAUAUUUCCCCCUCCUAAGUGGAAAGAAAAAAGGGGGGGGGGGGGGAGGUUUCGAC